AUGUAUGAGUCUGCUAACCUAAAUGAUAAUGAUUCCAACUUUCUUCUCCUACUGCACGUAUUGGUUAAAGAAGACCGGGAGGAAGUUGUUGUUGUGGAGAAGCCGCCCGUCCAGCGUAACCACAGCCUACCCGACCUUACGGGAUUCGUAUCCAAGGAGUCGCCUCAUCCACUAGCGCACGGUAGUUUCGGGGAUGUGUGGAAAUGCACCUACAUCCCAUCCAACCGUCAAGGCCUAGAGGCAAGCAUGCUACAUGUAGCAGUCAAAUCCAUCAGGAUCGAUGUUGCAGGCGACGAUUCCAAGGCCAGACUUACUCAAAGAUUCUUGGAUGAUUUCCAUGCACGGAAGCAACUGCAUCACGAAAAUCUUUUGCCUCUGCUCGGUUUCAGUUAUGAAUUUGGGGUACUUCCAGCGAUGGUCACCCCCUGGAUACACAACGGCUCACUCACCACAUAUCUUGAACACCAUUUCACAGAAUUGGCCAUCGAACAAAAGCUCCGGAUUUUGCGACAAGUCGCUACAGCCAUCAGCUACCUCCACUCGAAGGGCGUUGUUCACGGUGACCUUACUGCCAACAACAUUCUGAUAGAUUCGGAUCGCAAUGCUCACGUAGCAGACCACGGAAUCCUCACAAUGUGUUCUGAACUCUCAGGGACAUCAUACAUCAGGAGCAACGUGCGGUGGGCUGCGCCAGAGCUCUUCGAGGUGGCCGAGAACGAAGAGCCAUCGACUCCUCCACAGCCAGCCAGCGAUAUUUAUUCCUUCGGAUGCAUCAUGCUUCAGGUUCUGACAGGUCGACCGCCCUACGCAGAUGUGCGAAGCGAUCAUCAAGUUACUGUGCUGAUAAUCAAGGGUAAGAAGCCUACAAGACCACCGAGUCCGCACAACGCAGAUUCUUUCUGGGAUUUCAUCGAGAAAUGCUGGAGUGAUGCAGGGCGUCGCCCUUCUGCUGUUGAUGUUCUGAGCUUUCUAGGAUCGGAUCAUAUCACUGCCCUAGUUAAACCGUCAUUAGAGAGCUGA